GCGCGCAUGCGCGCUACCAAUCACCAGCUGACGUGUUUCCUGGGCGAGUGUGCGGAACUGAAUGGCGCCCGCUAAAUGAAAACAGAACCGUGCAACACGUGGAUAUGUUUGGCAUAGAGACAACGUUUUCUGAUUUUUUAUUUAAUUUCUUUUUUGGCCAGUACUUUUGUGUUCGUGUUUAAUCUGUUGCAGAAAUAGCCGGUGUUUCACAAGCACCCGUCAAGGCUGCGCAAAUCAGUGAUAUUCCACAUCGUGCAAGUCUCCCGUGGUAGGAAUAACUUACAUGAUAAUUCACCAGAUCAGUGGAUUAAAUAAGUAUGGCUCUCAGCAGCGAAGACGACACAACCCAGCUUGCGUCGCCGAGCACGCGGAAGAAUGUACCGGUUGUGGCGCAGGUUGGAGAUCUGAUCGACAUUGAUCCGCACUCGGAGCUCAUCUUCGAAACUCCCCCGCCUGAUGUUGUUGACUCGAUCAAUGAGUGUUUUGAGCAGUUCACCAGCACCGUGGAGAAAAGAAGUGAUGCUACAGUCCACCAACCUUCUUCGGACAGUGACUCUGGUGAAAGCCUGUUUAUAACACAGUCUAGGACUAAAGCAGUCCGAACUGAAAGACGACUUGGAUCAUCUAAGAGACCAGAGUCCGUCUCUGAUGAUUCUGGUAAUGGGAGAGAGAAUGAAGACACUGAAAAUGAGAGGGGAAGUGGAGGUCAGCGUGCGGAGUGCCCAAAGAGAAGAAAAAGUUCCAUCUAUAUUUCUACUCGAAAAACUACCUUUCCAUUUCUGUUGAAAUCACUCAGACGACAGCACCUGUCCUCAAAGAAGCACCAGAUUCUAGAGAACUCAGAAAUGGGAGGGUUCUUAAAAUGCAUAAGGAAAAUCGAGGAGGGUUGUGUGAACACAGGAAGAGCAAUCAGUCCAUCUAUACUGGAGUCUGAACUAAGUGAUAACUCUGAGGGGGACAACCACAACAGUGAUCAUGAAGUCACAAAAGUGGAUAGAACCAUUUUUGUUCCAAGUUACUUUAAAGGAAAUAAACAAAAAUGGCUUCCACAAUCCUUCUUGGAGAUGAGGAUCCAGGGUUCACUUUCAGACGACAACGAAGAACAGCUAUUCAACACCAAAGGAAAAGAGAAGAAAAGAACAACUAAAUCUACCAAGAAAAACAAGGCAAGUGCUUCUUUUAAAAAACAAUCAAAAAGCAAAGUCGAAGCUCCCAAAAGCAGAGCUGCAGCCAGGACAUCAUCAGAAUCAUCUGUUGACUCUCUCUUUAUGGAGCAGGAAAAACAGCAUGAGACGCAUGAGGUUUUAGCUUCAUGUUCAGAUGCUGAACACUCAGAUUCUGCCCAUUGCAGACAACGACUUACUAAGCAGACUGUCCAGUGUGCUGAGAACUUGGAUGGAGAUCAUUUAGUGGUAAUUGAAGAGACACAGAGAAACUCUUUAGAGGCAGUUACAGAAGCAGCAGUUCACAUGGAGCAUGAUGAUAAUGCAAGUUCUCCAUCUCUGUUUACCAGUAAAGAGAAAAAGAAGAAAAAGCACAAAUUAAAAGAGCAAGAGGAAGCAGAGUCUGGUGCAGACAAUGUUCAUUCAGUUGAGAUGGAUCAGUUCAGAGAGUCACAAACAACUGAGAUGCCACCCAAAAGAACAAAAAAGAAGAGAAAAGACAAAGAGAGGACAAAGACGGCACACGUAGAGGACAAUAGUGGUACAGACAUCCUGUCAAAUGAAACUUCUGAAGCUCCUGAGACCAAACAACCUGAGCAUAUACAGACAUCAGAGGAAAUCACAGGAUUAAAAUCAGUGAGGAAGAAAAAGAAGAAGAAGAAUGGCAGUGAAGAAUCUCAGUAUGAAUCUGUUGAUUUUGCUCUGGAUGUAAACUCAGUGUCUCAGUUUAAUAAUGUCACUGAUAGAUCAACUACUUUAAAGACUGUUGAAGAAAGACCAAGUGAUGUUCUUGAACAUACAGAAGCUGAAUUAAAUGAUGCUGAACACUCCGAUUCUGUCCAGUGUGCUGAGAACUCUCAUUUAGAUAAUUUAUCGGUAAUUGAAGACAGACAGAGAAACUCUGUGGAGGCCGUUACAGAACCAGCAGUGGAGCAUGAGGAUGACCUGACAUCUGACAAUAACCUGCUCAACAAAAGCAAUUCUUUGUUGCCACCCCAAGGGGGAGACAUUUCUAUACAGAAUGAUAUUCAACAGACUGACAGUGACUUUGGCUCAGAGGAUUUAUUCAGGCCAUUGAACAGUCAGAAACAUAAGAACAAUCAAAUUCAUAAAGCGGCAUCUAUUCCAGUGAACAUCGAGGAGAGCGAUCAAGACAGUGAUGUGACCCAAAUAGAGACAGAAGGACCGUUUGUGUCCAUAUUUGGACCAGGAACACCAAGAUGGUGUGAUGGUGACCGCCAUGCACAUGAGGACAACGACAGCGAUGAAACUCAAAUAGAGACUGAGGGAAAAUCUGUGUUCGUGUUUGGGUCAGGAACACCAAACAAGCAGUUUACAACUCAAGACAUGAACGGUACCAAACGCCCAGAAUCCCAAAAGACAGACCAGAUUCCUGUUGGCCUAAAUGCUGAACUGCUCUCAAGGAAAGCGGAAAAGUGUAACAAUAAAAAGAGAAAAACAGUGUCAAAAUCUCUUAAGGAUUCUGAUGUUACAGAUGUAGAGGAGACCAUGAAUGUGCAACCACCAUCUAAACAUUUACCACUAGCCGAUGAACCAUUAAAAGAAGUUUACUCCAUUUCAUCUGAGCGCCUCAAGUUGAGUAAACGAAGGGCGAUGGAGGAGAUGGAAACAGAUCCUCAGGAAACUCCUUUGUUUACAAAUGAUGGACUGAGCUUUAUUAAAAGAAAGAGAAAGGAGAAAUUGGGUGCAACUAAUUUCAUACAAUGUGAUACAAAUGUAGAUGUGAGCUCUGAAUCUCCAGUUGAUAACAUCACUGGAGUUAAAACAACACCCAGAGAGAACGAGAAGUCGCAUGAAGUGGAAAACAGAGUAACGAAUGAAGAGCAAAGGGAAGCAUCAGUUUUACAUUUGGAGGAGACAUCAGAGAUCUUGGAGGAAAGUGUUUUAUCUAUGGUGGCAGACAACAGUGUUAUCACAAAGGUUAAGAGGAAAAAGAAGAAAAAGGACAAAUUAAAAGAACAUGAGCCAAGUGUAGAAAAUCAGUCGGUUGAGACGGUUCAGUUCAGUGAGUCACAAACUGCUGAACUGACAUCCAAAAUAACUAAAAAGAAGAAGAGAAAAGACAAAGAGAGGACUAAGAUGGCAUAUGUAGAGGAGAAUAGUGCUACAGACAUCCCAUCAAAUGAAACUUUGGACUCUGAUAGACCAGCAGAGUUGAGAGUAAAUGAUCAAUCCAGUGAAGAUCCAGAGACGAAUCGAUCUGAGCAUAUACAAACAUCAGAGGAAAUCACAGGAUGUCCAACGCCUAAUGUAACUACAUUAAAAUCAGUAAAGAAGAAGAAAAAGAAGAAGAAAAGAGAUGAGACUGAAGAGCCAGAAGAUGAAUCUGUUGAUCUGGAUGUGAAUUCUAUGUCUCAGUUUGAUCAUGUUGAUGGCGUGGUUGAACAACAGGUCAUCGAUGACCGCACAGCUGAACAUUUAGAAGGUAAUACAGCACAUAUUUUAAAGGUUGCCAAACACAAAAAGAAAAGUCAGAAUGCAAGUUCUUCAUCUCAAAGUGAUGACAUUAUUGGACUGGAAAAACAAGCAUCAGGCUCGCAGUCAGAAAGUGCAGAAGAACUCUUGGAAAAGAAAACGAAGAAAAAGCAGAAAUUAAAAGAGCGAAAGAACGCAGAACUUGCUUCAGAUAUUGGAGACAAUGUGCAGUUGUUUCAACAAAGUGAGUCACCAGCUACGGAUUUGCUAUCCAGAAAAACAAAACAGAAGAGAGCGAACAAAGACAGGGAAAGAACAACAGAUAGCUCCUCAAAUGAAAUGUUGGACCACAUGGAUGAUAGACCUUCAGAAAUGAGGGGAAAUAAUGUGAUUCAGUCCAUUGAGGCCACCAAGACCAAUCAGUUUGAGCAUUUACAGACAUCAGAGGAAAUGACAAGAUGUUCUUCACCCAAUGUAACUAAAUUAAGCUCAGGGAAGAAAAAGAAGAAAAAAAGGGAUAGAAGUGAGAAACAUCAGUAUGAUUCUGUUGAUGCCAAUCUGGAUGUGUCUCCGCUUGAUGUCGUCUCUGGGCUGAUAGCACAAAAGACGAUUGAAAGAAGGCCAAGCGAUGGAAGUGCAGUGGAGCAUUUGGAAGGUAAUGCAGCACAUAUGUUAAAGGUGGCCAAACGCAAAAAGAAAAGUCAGAAUGCAAGUUCUCCAUCUCAAGUUGAUGAUAUCAUUGGACUGGAAAACACUGUGUCAGACUUGCAGUCAGAAAACACAACAGAACAUGUGGAAAAAAUUAAUUCACCUGUCCUUUCAGACAGCUUGUUUACCGGUAAAGAGAAAAAGAAGAAAAAGCACAAAUUAAAAGAGCAAGAGGAAGCAGAGUCUGGUGCAGACAAUGUUCAUUCAGUUGAGAUGGAUCAGUUCAGAGAGUCACAAACAACUGAGAUGCCACCCAAAAGAACAAAAAAGAAGAGAAAAGACAAAGAGAGGACAAAGACGGCACACGUAGAGGACAAUAGUGGUACAGACAUCCUGUCAAAUGAAACUUCUGAAGCUCCUGAGACCGAACAACCUGAGCAUAUACAGACAUCAGAGGAAAUCACAGGAUUAAAAUCAGUGAGGAAGAAAAAGAAGAAGAAGAAGAAUGGCAGUGAAGAAUCUCAGUAUGAAUCUGUUGAUUUUGCUCUGGAUGUAAACUCAGUGUCUCAGUUUAAUAAUGUCACUGAUAGAUCAACUACUUUAAAGACUGUUGAAGAAAGACCAAGUGAUGUUCUUGAACAUACAGAAGCUGAAUUAAAUGACACUAAACACAAAAAGAAGAGGAAACGAUCAGGUUUGUCUGUUAAUAACAGUUCUGAGUUCAGCUCUUCUGAUGCACAAAUGCAGGAAACUGUCACACCUGAGAGGAAGAGAAAGAAAAAAAGAAACUCUGAUCACAUCACAGAUGUAGGUGUUGAACUGACUUUGGAAAGUUCUGAUCAUACAGUGCCAUUUGAAAAGUCUCCGAGCCCGAUGUUGAAAUCACCUGAAGCAAUUACAAAGAAAUCCAAGAGAAAGAAAAACAAGGAAAUGAAUGAAAGCAUAAAUCACAUACCGGAUGAUAGUGCAGAACUAGAAACUGUACAAACAACGAGGACUGACUCAAUCAUACAACACAACAAUGCAGACAGACAGGCCAACAUUAUCAUCUCACUGGGAGAUUCUGCAGAUAUUAGAAAGAAAAAAAAGAAGAGGAAGAAGGAUACUGAAAAUAAUAUCACGGAAAUCUCCAUGUGUCAGAACACUGACUCAGCUGCAGCAGUAAAUGGAGAUGACGCACCCAAAAGACCUGAAAAACAGAGGCAAAGGUGUCAUGACAGAGCAGGUUGUGUUCAAACUGAGUGUAGUGCAAAUAACUUUCUUCAUUCACACAGAAAACAUGAUACCUAUGAAGAGAAUCACCUAAAGGAGGGAUCUGGGGCAAGAGAAUCAUCUGUGUCUCAGAUUGAUGAUGUGAUGUUGCACAAAAGCAAGAAAAAGAGGAAAAGAAGGGAGGAAAGUUUAGCUCUACUUGAUAGCUAAAACUCUUCAGUGCACAAUAGAAAAGUGUGGGCAGAAGAUGAUGAUGGUAUAUUAGUUACACAGAAUAAUACGGGGAGGAGGAAAAUGAUAAAAAGUAAUAACGCAGUGGCGGAUAACUUUAGAGCUCAGUUAAACCGUUGCGAAAGAGAAAUCAUCUUAACCUCUCAGGCAUUUAAGACGAGCUAUUUGCAUAAAGUGUUAGUGAAAGGUUUUCUGUUCAUGAUAAAUGGCCAAGAAAAUGUGAACGCAAAGAGGUUUACAGAUUAAUAUAAACAAAAUGUCUAAAUUUGUGAUUUAUAAAUGUAUUUUUAAAGAAUUGUUUUGCGAGACAUGAAAUCUUCAAACACCUGUACAUUAUUAUUGUUACUUGUUUUGUAGAUGUGUAGAUGAUCAACAUUCUAGUGACAAUGGAUUUAUUUUUAAUAAUCAGAACAUUUUCCUUCGGUUUAUUAAAUCAUUGUACAGACAAAUUAUACAAUCUCUUCUAGAGCACUGUAUCAUUUUUAUUAUCAGAAUCAAGAGUAUUUUUGUACCGAGGCAAUGUGUUUGGUCAAUAUAAUUAUGACCUAUUUUAUACAUUUACGUUAUGGACACUUUGUUACUCCGCUUCAGAGAAAUAAAAUAUAACGGUUUCCCCGUGUGAUAAACAUCUUUACUGACCUGAUAUUUUUCGUUUUCUU